UUUCUAAUCGGUCAACGCGUCUCUCACGCUCGUACACAAUUAAAUCGCCAGAUGACAUGCGUGCAGCAUGGAUGAUGGCGGAGGACAUGGAAUCUCUGAGAAUGAACUCACUUGCGCGAUCUGUACCGAGAUCCUUUACCAACCGUUGACUCUCCUCGACUGCCUUCACACCUUUUGUGGGUCGUGCUUGAAAGAGUGGUUCAAAUGGCAGGCCACUGCCGCCUCGCAGAGUGGGAGGAAUGCGAGCAACCCAUACACCUGCCCAUCGUGCCGCGAGUCCGUCAGACGUACCAAGGCGGAUUGGCGAUUAAACACAUUGCUUGAAGGCUUCCUCAAGGCGCAUCCGGAGCGCGCAAAGGGGGAGCAGGAGGCCGGUGAGCUUGGAGAGCAUUACAGGCCUGGCGAGAAUGUGCUGCCUCCAGUACAUUUCGCGGCAGAAGAUGAGGACAGCGAAGAUGAACGCCUGCUGGCGGAGACGAGGGAGCUCAGUAUGCAGCAUGGCGAACCUCGAUCGAGGCAGAGGACAGCACGCACUUCUCACGAGCGGCGGCGGGACCAGCGAUCCGCACGACGCGAUCAUCACCAUCUGACGGAAGCGAGACUGCGAGAGCAUGAUGCGAGCCAUCCACAUAUCGAGCACCAGCCUUCUCUUCGCAGUUUGCUGAGUGCUUCAGAGUCAGAUCGCCAAAAUGUGCAAGCAGAGAUUCUCGAGUCAAUCUUCUCGGAAGGCUUGCUCGACGGCAUCGACUUAGACAACCUCACCAUUGCACAGGAAGAAGAAUUGACCGAACGGAUCGCCGAGACGUACAGGCGAAGACAGCGUGACAGGGAGCGAUCAGGCAAUCGGCAAGCCCGUCCAUCCGAGACCAGACCUGCGCAAGUAUCGCCUCCGCGCCAAAGUCAGCCAUCUGCCCAUAGAGACACCUCCGAUGCCGUGCCAGAACCCUUACAUCCUCGCCCCCGGCCACCAAUCUCCCGGCCUCAUCUUUUCGAGCAGACCCUUCAAGAGCCCCCAAGAACGCAAAGACGAUCUCGCAGCUCAAACAGCCAUCGAGACCGAAACACUGCGUCUUCUGGGGAUGGGGCGUCAGCGCCAGCAUCCCGCUCAGUAACUGACUUGUCACAGCAGCCCAGUCCUGCGAAUGCUCAACGCGAGCGCCGUCACAGGCUGCAGCCGGCCAGGACCAUUACCGAUCCUUCGAAUGCUGGCACUCAGGCUGCUCAGAAUCAUGCUGUCCGCAACACCUCUAGCACGCACAGGGAUGCAGCUGGAUCUGGAGCUGAAGCCCCAUCACAGUCAGGAGACAGCGCUCGGCGAGUGGUCAGCACCACAAGUGAAGACUCUGUUCCAAUCAUUGACCCAAGGGCACCAUCCAAUCUGGCACCACAACCUACUAUUCGGCCGGCCAUUUCGAACGCCGCCUUCGCACCAGAGACUGUGGAAAAUGGGCGACAUCCCCAAGUUGCGCCUUCUGUCAGAUGUAGUCGAUGUGACCGCGCAGAGAUCCAGCAUGAGCUACACUACAACUGUCGUCGAUGCUUGGAGGGAAACUUCAAUUUAUGCUUGCAGUGCUACCGCGAGGGCAAAGGGUGUAACCACUGGUUCGGGUUUGGCUUCCGUGCCUACGAGAGAUGGUCUCACAUCUCACAUUCCGAGGGCCGGCCGACUAGCCUCGACCCGCCACAUGUCCUCGCAGCUCGCAAAUACGUCAAACCUAGCGCCGAAACCCGUGAAGCAGCGCCUCCAGCAGAGCCGGCGCUGGAAGAAGGUGCCUUCUGUGAAUCAUGCCAGGCAUUUACAGACGACUGCUACUGGUAUUGCAACAUCUGCCUCGAAGGCGCCUGGGGCUUCUGCGACAAGUGCGUCAAGCGCGGCCAGCACUGCACGCACCCGCUCGCCGCCGUCGCGCACAUCAACACCCUCCAAGGCGGGCACUGCGAUCCUUCGCGCCUGGCCUUCGUCGGCAUGCCGCAUCUGAGACAAGACACGUACGUCAACUUGCCCUUCACCACCAGCUGUGAUGUUUGCCAUCGCUCGAUUCCGCCUGCUAGCGCGAGGUUCCAUUGCUACCAGUGCAAUGAUGGCGAUUACGACAUUUGCAAUGAAUGCUACUGGGGCUUGGUCUCUCAGGACACAGUCAGUCAAGCGAACGGGCCGAGUGGGUGGAGGAAGUGUCCGAAGGGCCACCGUAUGGUCGUCGUCGGCUUCGAGGAGACGUCGAAUGGUGCACACCUUCGUACCAUCGUGCGCGAUCUAGUUGGCGGCUGGCGUUGGAAAGAAGAUGGAGGGUCCCAGCCCCCAUCCAACCGGGUACCACCAGACGGAGGGGCCGGGCUGAAGUGUUUGGCUCUCUACAACUAUUUCCCCAAGAAGGGCGUAGCCGACGAGCUCGCCUUUCCGAAGAACGCAGAGAUCCGCGAGGUCGAGGACAAGAAUGGCGACUGGUAUGUCGGGACGUAUGCCGGGAGAGUGAAACUCUUCCCCUCCAACCACGUGCGCAUUCUGUGAUGCCCUCGCCGAGAUGGAUGAAGAAAUGCCGAUUACGAGGAAUGAGCC